UAGAAACCCUGGCUGAAGAUAGGAGGAGAUGGAAAACCUUCGUUGAUGGCAUUGCUGCCCCUACGGCCGAUGAGGCUAUGGGACCGGUGAGGUGAGGAGGAACCCGGCUUUAUGUCGCGAACAGGACAGUGCACUUUUCACCAGUACACUUUUUACGUGGCUGAACUUUUCACCUAGCUUUAGGCUAUCAUAUAGGCAAAUACUCCUCGGAAAGCUAACUCCUUUGGCAUGUACAUUUCUCCAACGUCGACUGUUUUUCCAGCGACCUGUGGAGCCUGGUAGAAGCUAAGAAUUCCAUACGGACCUCAUGCGGACUUGAAUAUAUACGAACGUGUGAACCCGGCUUUAGGUCGCGAUUCUAUGCAAUAUUAACUAGGCUGUUUGCAUGCAAACAGGACUCGCAUCACUGCACUUGUCAUUUUGCUGAACUUUUCACCUUUAGGCUAACAUGUAGGGCAAAUGCAUAAGACUAAAAGCAACUUAAGAAGCCCUCCAACAGUCUUGUGGCUACUUAAACCCUACGCUUACAGCGUCUUCUUAGUGGAGCUUCGCCUUGUUAGCAACACCACGUGUCAGUUUGAACUCUACUCUAAGUUCACUGUACUAUGCGCUGCCUGCUCGACCUCAAGUUGACCCUGACAAGGUCAAGACAGAAUGAGAACCACAUGACGACUGCAACACUCCCGUCUAGUGACUGAAUUCUUUGUGCGUUGCUUGUGCUUGUGCUUGAUUCGAGUCUUCUCUAAGUCGUUUCUGACGCGAUGUCUGAGGUCCAUUCCAAGGGGACGUCUCUGACGGAGUUGGAGAAAGCGGCAGGCGAAAAAAUGUCCUCGUUCGCCCGGGGGUACUACAGUCACCCUGGGGAGGGGGGGCAAACUUAUAGGGACAACUGUCAGGCUUUUAAACGGUACCGCCUCAUCCCGCGGAACCUGCGUGACGUCAACAUCCGGGACACCUCGGUCACCGUGCUGGGUUCCAGACUGGAUCUCCCAGUAGCCAUUGCGCCAACGGCUGUUCACAAAGUCGCUCAUCCAGAUGCUGAGGCGGCAACUGCAAAAGGCGCUGCCUCCAUGAACACCCUGAUGGCCCUGAGUUCCUGGUCGAGUCAGUCCUUAGAACAGGUGGCUGAGGCGGCUCCGCGGGGGGUCCGCUGGUUCUACAUGCUGUUCUACCGAGACCGAGGCCGGAUGAAGCGGCUCCUGGAGCGGGCAGAACGGGCGGGUUACGCCGCCAUAGUCCUCACCGUGGAUCAGCCCUUGUUCCCGGAUUCUAUUCGCCGCAAGCCUGCCAGCUUCCCGGUACAGUUCAGUUUACCGAACGUGUGGAUUGAUGACGACCAACCCGGCCCUCUCGGUUCAAUGGAGCACGGAGCGGGCCUGGCCAAGAUCGCAAAAGAAGCGGCGACGUGGGAAGACGUGAAGUGGAUCAAGAAUAACACAAGGCUGCCGGUCGUGUUGAAAGGGAUUCUGUCAGCUGAAGACGCGAGGAUCGCAGUGGACCUGGGGGUUGCCGGUAUUUACGUGUCCAACCACGGAGGCCGGCAGCAGGACGGGGUGCCAGCAACGAUCGACGUCCUUCCCGAUAUCGUGGGCGCGGUAGGCGGCGAGGCGGAAGUUUACCUGGACGGAGGGGUCCGGACUGGGACGGACGUGCUGAAGGCCUUGGCGCUGGGGGCCAGAUGUGUGUUCAUCGGCAGGCCCGCUCUAUGGGGACUCGCGUUGAAUGGUGCAGAAGGUGUUGAAGAAGUUUUACAGGUCCUGAAGCAUGAACUCAGUAUCGCCAUGGCCAGAGCAGGCUGUGCGAAGAUCUCAGACAUCGAGCCGUCACUGGUCGUGCACGAGUCUUAUUACUUGUACCGGCAGUUGUUAAACCAUGCAGGGAAGGUCAAUAACAAGAUUGUAACAUCCAAAUAUUAGGAUAUGUAACUGCCUGGCAAGGAGGCGACUGACUGACACGGUAGCACAUAGAGAUUGGAUUUAGAUACCUAGUCACAAAAUCUAAAGUGUGAAUUCGAAUCGCAUAUUACAAAUUUGAUCAUCCUGUUAUGAUUCUGGCGUGCAUAUAAGUGUUGGCGUGGAUAAAUGUUGCCAACUUAUGUCAGUCACAACUUGGACUAAUCAACUUAAUAUGUUUGAUGUCUCCCAAAUAAAUAACUGAUAAAAGUCACAAUGUCUUCUGUUUAAACAGUCGGAACACCAGUUUAAUAAUAGUGGCGAAAACUCUAAAGGGGGGCGAAAACGCUAGUGAUCUCGCCCCCCGAGAUCGCUGUGACACCCGGUUACCCCCAACUUUUCACACUGUUUAAGCGCAGCCUUAAGAUUCUGUUCUUUUUCGAAAACGUCUUCACGAGUACAAGUGGAAGUGUUCUUGAGCCAACGGGUCUUCACCUUUGACCUAGACCGUAAUACAUCACGAGUAGGGCUGGGUACCGUACCCGU